GUACGAGCCAGGCAUGACGUUGCAUGGCUCCAACCCUAAUUUCCCUUCGUGUAUAUAAGGAGAACUCCUCCUCCAUAUUAAGGUAACUCAUUUCUUCACCUCUUCACUCACUCACUCUCAUUCCCCUACUUACUUUGGCAUUGGAGUCCCUUGCAGGAGCCCCUCCCGGGACCUUCUCCGACCGUCCCAGCUUCGCCGCGCCCCUCACCUUCUUCCUACCCCCGGCUUCUUGGGUAGUUUGGUCGCCCCCGAUCAAUUGGCGCCGUCUGUGGGGAGCGGUAAAACUUCUCCUCCACCACGUUAUUGGAAAAAACUCACUUCAGCCCCGCCCACAACAACCGAAUCCAAGAAGAUUGGAGAAGAGAUAAGAUGAUCCAAGCUCUGUCUAAGCAACCGGCAGCUUCAACGCAAACGGCACUGUCCUCCAUGCCUGCCACUUGACGUUUCCCGCUACUGCAGCAAUGGCUUUCCCACGGCUUCUUCAUCUUCAUCAUGGCCCAUGUUAAAAUCAAACAAAGAGAACGGAAGAUCCAGGUAGAUCGGUGAAGAAAAAGAAGGUACAAAAGAACUCGGGAACGGAAGCAACAACGUUGAACCGCUCAUCCACCACAAACCACCACUGAACUCCCCUCCACCCUCCUUUUCCUCCUUUCUCCAUCUCCCUCCUUUCGUUCUCUGUUUAACCCUCAAGAGGAGAAAGAAACGAUCGAGAAGAGCAGCGCACCAACGUCGAUCUGCCUCUCUGAUUGGAACUUCGCUGUUUACUCCACUGGUUGCCCCCGCCGCCGCUGGAAUUUGGGGUAAAGAUGGAGAAUUUCCAGACGCAAUUGCUGAAGGGGAUGAGGGUAGCAACGUCCAAGCACACAAGAGGCAGGGACAUCCUAGUAUUUUCGCAACCCUUCUUGGAAAAAAGUAAGGGUAGCAAUGUCAUAAGACUAAAAAGACAAGGGUAUUUUGCUAAAACUCAAAACCCACUGGAUUUAGAAGAGAAGCAUGGCUGGUGGGUCACGAGCUACUCUUCAUCAGGUCAUCAAUCACUCUUUUUCAUCAUUAUUUUAUCCUAUAGUACUACCUAGUCUAUGAUAUAUGAACAUUACUUCCCCCUUUUGUUAUAUAUAUCGUUUCCCCAACGUCUGCACAGGGGGGUUUUGAAAAACUAGCUUUUUAUAGUAACUAAAAUCUGGUUCAGCAUCACGUGAUCUUGUACCUUUUUUAAUCUUAAUUGAUACUGCACAAAUCUUGACAAUAUGAAGCCAAAGGUAGCCAUUUAGACAUUUCUAGUUUUUCUACCUUUUUUGGUCUUAUAUGAACAUUUGCUUACUCCUACACGGUCAACAUGCUCUUACCUCCUUUUAUCUUAUGUGAGUAACUAUGUCAACAUACACCAACAUAACCUUAUAAAUAUGGAACUGUAUGCCCUCUUUUAACCGUGAUGGGCCAUGUGAAAGUGAAUUACUGUUACAUUCUUGUAUAAUUUUUGUCUUAUAUGAAUAUUGCUAAAUGCUCCUACACCGACGUGGAACUUCAAAAACUAGUGGUAAAAACUAGUAUGGUCUAACAUCAGGCGAGGUGAACAUGAUAGCUAAGUUAGCUAUGUUAACAAAUUAUGCCUACAAAUAUAUUGGCAACAUCUUUGUUGACAAGGAAUGUAGGACAAAUUCGCCGGUUAAAAUAACAUGUAAUAUUUCUUUGAUAUAUUAGCUAUUGUUCUUUGGUAAUUAAGUAAGCCUCUAGCGUGUGAUAUCUCUUCUGAACUAGUUAUGAUAUGGAUGAGUCGGCUUUAUGGAAAUGUCCAAAUCUACUCUUUCCAACUUUACUUAUACGAACCUUUACUUGAAAAGUUUGGUAUCAUGUGAGACACUACUUUAGCUCAAGGACUAAAUGAGGCCAGUCAUGGGCACACUAUGAUAGAAAGACUAAGAAAGCCCCAUUCUUAUUGUCUUAUGCUUGCUUUUGAAAUAUUGCCAUAUGAUGAUUAUCCCCACUGAUAUAUGGGAGAAAAGCCGCACGACUAUGGUGUGCCCACUGUCAUUUUUUAGACUUGUUGGUCUUGUGUAUAUUUUGCCUACAUGCUUGGCUUAGGGGACACUACAUGUAGGAAUUCUACGAGGACCAUGAGUCUCAUCAAGCAAAAAAAAUAGAAAUUCACCACCUAACACCCAAGGGCAAUUUGGACGAUCAAGGAUCACCAACUGAGUGUUACACAUCGCAGCUAGUUCAAGACCAUGAAAAUGACUGAGCAAUAUUUCAUAUGCUAUGCUACACAUGUCUUAUAUGAACGAAUGUAUUAGCAUGACCUUGUUCAAAAGGUAGCAGGUUUUAAGGAAUUCUCCAAAGCAGGAAAAGACCUCGUAAAACCAAUUAAUUGGUUGAGGCGCCAAGAAGAUAAAAAGACCUGACGGGCAUAGACCCAACCGGGCACGACAAGACCUCGUAAAACCAAUUAAUUGGUCGAGGGGACGAGCAGAUAAAAAGACCUGACGGGCAUAGACCCAACCGGGCACGACAAGACCUCGUAAAACCAAUUAAUUGGUCGAGGGGACGAGAAGAUAAAAAGACAUGACGGGCAUAGACCCAACUGAGCACGACAAGACCUCGCAAAACCGAUUAAUUGGUUGAGACACCGAAUAACUAGGUCUCGCCGAGCAUAGACUCGGUCAGGCACGAAGAGACCUCUCGGGACUAAUAAACUGGUUGAGGCAACAAAGAGUUGAAAGUCCCUUCCGAGUGCCUCAACGCUCGGCGAGAGGGAUAUGAAGAAGAAACCCUCCCCGAGCAUCGCAUCGCUCGACGAGAGGGUGAUGAAGAAAAAAUCAUCCCUGAGCAUAGCAACACUCGAUGACAGGGAUAUGAAGAAGAGUUCCCUCCGAGCACCGCAACGCUUGGUGGGAGGGAAUUGGAGAUUAAAUCCCCUGGAGUGUGUCAACGCUCGGAGGGAGAGGAGAUGAAGACAAACCCCCCUCGAGUGUCUUAAUGCCUGGCGAGAACGAACACGGAGACAAAUUUCCAAGUGUUCAGACACUUACUUGAGGACGAGCAUAACCCCUAAAAUUUGAGGGUUUGGGGAAGCUCAAGCCAAGAAACCUCCAAAGCGUCAAAACGCUUAGCCGAGGACGGUCGCUAAGAAGUCCCUCCGAGCGCGCGAACGCCUGGGCGAGCGGAUAAAAGAAAUCAAGAAGGAUAAGACAAUGAAGACGAAGAAAAGAUAGGAGAAUCCCCGGAGACUCAAAUUCCUCUGAGCGGAUAACAAAAAUUCAAAAAAAAACCCUAAGUGUCAAAACGCUUAGUCAAGACCGAUCAUCCCACUAAAACCAAACGUUUUAGUCAGGUCCCAAAGAUUCAGAAACUCUACUAUCUCGAAACAACAAAAUGUCAAAGAACUUCCGCUCCAUACCACACGAGCGAUCGGGCUGGGGCUCAUCCGGGCUCACCCUUAAAUCCGCAAUCGGGUCACACCACCCUCGUAGCUGGAGCUCCAUGAUGGACUAGAGCUAGGGGACUACUGUUCCGGGAGCCUCCAAAACCGACCGUCCCUCAAGGACGAUCGACCCAAUCCUGUCACUCAAGCUCCACAUCCAUAGCUUUGUCUAAAGAUCAAGAAAAAUAACCUCUAAGGACCAAUCUCUCGACAAGCGAGUGCAAGGAUUCCUCCGAGUCCUAAGAAAUUUGUCAGACAAUUGGCAACUUCCCUCCGAGAACACUAAGUCUUUCGAGUGAAAACAACUUACCUCUCGACAUCCAUCACUAAAUGCUAGAGUUAGGAGAUUGUUAUUCCGAGAGAGAAUUCAAGAUGGACUUCCGACUUUAAACUCCAACUCUAUUAGCUCAAGCUCCACAAUUCUUGUGGACCAGAGCUAGGGGACUACUGUUCUGGGAGCCUCCAAAACCGACCGUCCCCCGAGGACGAUCGGCCCAAUCUCGUAGCUCAAGCUCCACAAUUCUUGUGGACCAGAGCUAGGGGACUACUGUUCUGGGAGACGCUCCAGCCGAUCACUGCCCAUGUCGAUCACACUGUCUCCUCACCCGAUCAAGACUAAGGACGAUCAACCUUGAUCGACCAAGCGAUCCCACUAUUUCCACUACUGUUCUGGGAGCCUCCAAAACCGACCGUCCCCCGAGGACGAUCGACCCAAUCUCGUAGCUCAAGCUCCACAACCCUUGUGGACCAGAGCUAGGGGACUACUGUUCUGGGAACUUGGGAGAUACCUAGGUCCGACUCCACACUCCCACAAAGGACAACGGUGGGACCCAGGGCCUAGGAGUUAACUUCCCUCAACCACCCUAGAAAGCUAGGGACUGUACCUACCACACGGGGAAUCCUGGACCGUGAGAUCUCGCUGGCGUCGCAGGAAUGACAAGAGGAUCGAACGACUGGGGGCCACCCGCAUACAGGGCAUGCAUGACUGUUCAGAGAACCCUAGUAACUCCUCCGCGAAAACGCCGCCCUUAAAGCUCAUGCUCCACUGUGGCAGUGGACCAGAGCUGGGGGACUACUGUUCUGGGAAACCAUGGCACGGACGACCAGAGCAGGCCCAGGGCGGAAACCUAACGAAACGGCCACCACCGCCCGUGGACGACCACCGCUCCAGGAAACCCUCGAACGGACGACCGGAGUGGACCUAAUGGGACGAUCACCCACUAAACGAUCGCUACCUCCUCCCGGCCCGCUUGGGACGGAGGAGACUUCCCUUUUUAGUACAAGACAAUCACCGGGCCCACCAUGUAGGGGUUGACCUAUCCCAACCACCCUACGGUACUAGUGGUUGGAGGCACAGAUCCCAAGGAACCCUGGACCAUUGGAUCACUACUUUGCGGCAUGGAGCAACAGAGGAUCCAACGGCCCAGGAUGAACCAAGUACGAGCCAGGCAUGACGUUGCAUGGCUCCAACCCUAAUUUCCCUUCGUGUAUAUAAGGAGAACUCCUCCUCCAUAUUAAGGUAACUCAUUUCUUCACCUCUUCACUCACUCACUCUCAUUCCCCUACUUACUUUGGCAUUGGAGUCCCUUGCAGGAGCCCCUCCCGGGACCUUCUCCGACCGUCCCAGCUUCGUCGCGCCCCUCACCUUCUUCCUACCCCCGGCUUCUUGGGUAGUUUGGUCGCCCCCGAUCAAACUGUAUUAUAUUAUAUGGUUAGAAGAUGCUGAUAGUUGCUAGCUUAGCAUACUAUAUAGGUUUUUUUGGUCCGCGUAUGUUAUACUAUACGGGUGAAAGUGCACCCUAGGUCUUGCACAAUGUAAGAGCUUAUUUGACUUAUUAUAACAGGUAAUAGUCACAUGUUCAUAAGAAGAAAAAAAACUUACAUUCCAAAAAUACCCUCUACUCUUCCCUAUGUUUGGGUUUCUGUCAAUUGGGAAAAUGAUGACUUCAAGCCCUGUGUCAUCUUAUGAGUCAACCUCGACUGUUGUCUCGCCACCAAACCCGACAAUACCUAUAAUGUAUGGAAUAAGUGUUUCAUUGGAAAACAUGCGAAAAACUCAUAUUUCACUCACCCCAAAAUCUAGAUUUCCACUCGGCGAUGACGAGCGAGGUGAAGAUUCAUCAUUAGGCUUGGAAUUCUCUCAUCUCGUAGUUGUUGUCAUUUGAAUCUUUGCAAGCACUUCCAUCUGGUCACUUAUAAUUCCAUAUCUCGAGGUGUUGCGCAUAGGAACCUCCAGCGACACAUUUUCACAAAUAAAUCACAUUGAUGACGAUGAUGUGACCCAUCUUUCUUCAUCUUCUAGGUUAGAAGAGACUCUUCAAUCCAUCACUGUUUGCGAGUGCCAAAAGUGGGUGGGUGGAGCGAUGUGAUUGUUAUGUGUGUUUAAGCGAUUUCCAAGAGAACGAGAGCUUGAGGUUGUUGCCAAAAUGCAAUCACGCCUUUCAUCUCCCUUGUAUUCUUGGCUGAAAUGACAUUCGAGUUGUCCCUUGUGCCUUCAAAUCACAAGAUCUAAUUCUUCUUCAAACGCAAAAUUUGAAUCUGGGUCUCAAUCGAGCAAAGCCAUCUCCUUUUCAUUCCUCGUGUUCUGAAUCUUUUAGAGAUAACUAUUCAAAUUCAAAUUUCAAGAUAAAUACAAUUGUAGAAAUAUGUUCUACUCUCAAAUAAAUUCUAGGGUUAAUCCUCAUAUUAGUCCAUGUGGUUGUGUCACUGUCUGAAAUUAGCCCCUCCCGGAAAAUUUGCAAAAGUGGAUCCUCACAUUUGAAAAAUGUGUGGAGUAGGUCCUCGCCGGAGGCUGGAGCUCCGGCGAGUGAUGAAUAAGCAUGCUGACUGGAUUAAUGAGGCUGACGUGACAAUUAAAAAAAAAUUACAAAUCAGAAUUAUUUAUUUAGCAAACCCUAAUUAACCAUAAAAACUAACUAAUCGUAAUUAAAAAAACAAAAAUAAUUAACAAAACUAAACCCUAAUUUAACAAAACUAAAAGAAUGCAUCAAUGGCAAAUAAUUAACAAAUCUAACAUCAGAAUGUAACAAAAUAUUUUUUAACAACUAACACAUCAAAAAUAAAUUCCCAAUCUUCUCCUUCAUCCAAACACGCCGCACCACCGCUUCUUCACCCCACCACCGCCGUAGUCUGAGUCGUCGGAGGUCGAUGAGCCAGAGAGGGUUCUGGCGUCGUCUUUUGUGACUGAGAGGAGGAAGAAACAAGGAAGAGGAUUGAGAAACAGAGGAAGAGAAAGAGAGAAGAAAAAGAAGAAGCCAUGGAUGGGAGAAGAGAAGAGAAGAGAGGGAAAGGGUUUGGCGGGUGGUUUUUCUGGGUUGGAAGGGGGGAGGGUUUGACGCUUGGAGAAGAGGCCGCCGCGGACGGUGGGGCGGUUCUGGGCGGGCUUCCUUUCCUCCAUCAUCACCAUCCAGAUCUAUGUUGCUUGCUACCACGACAACGUUAAGGACUGAGAAAUUGGUCUGUGCUUCACUGUGACAAUUGGGUAUUGCUCAGGAUCAAGGUUUGGCCACUAGAUUGGUCUGUGUUUACAGCAUCUGCUACUCUAUGAUAAAUGACCAUCUCUCAAACCAGUUCUGGCUUCCUCUAUCUCGAUCUCUCGUUUGGAUUCCUCUUUCUGGCCGGGUUUGGGUUUUUAGGUUAAGGUUUUUCAGGUUGAGGAACGGUUCAAGGUUCAGGUGGACAUGAUAGAGGGGGAGAAUGGAGAUAAUGUCUUGUGGCAAUAAAUUGGGGAAGAAGAGAUGCAGAAGAUUUGAUGAACCCUAAUUUGAUUGGGAAUUGGGAAUUGAGGUUAAUUUGAGGGAAUUAGAUUUAAUUUGGGAGGAAUUGAUUUUGUUAAUUAAUUUAGGGCUAUUUUUGUUAAUUGGGUUAAAUUAUCUGAUGUGUUAUUUAUUUUUUAUUUUUUUUCAAAAAAUCCACAUAAGCAUAAUUAAUCAUGUCUACAUGCUUAUUCAUUACUCGCCGGAGCUUCGGCCUUUGACGAGGACCUGCUCCACACACUUUUCAAAUGUGAGAAUCCACUUUUGCAAAUUUUCCGGGGAGGGACUAAAUUCAGACGACAACACAACCACAGGGACUAAUAUGAGGAUUGACCCAAAAUUCUAUUUAUUACCAUUUUCAAUUUAAAAAUAAAUAAAUAUCCAAUUUAAAUGUUUAUCUUUUACUAUUAGGUUUCCCUAAUAUAUAUAUAUAUUUUUUUUGAAGACAGGUUUCCCUAAUAUAAUACAAACAUAAUUCGAAAAAUUGAUUUUUCUAAUUUGAAUACUAUAUGAUAUUAUGAUUUCAUAUUGACAUAUAUCUUCAAAUACCAAUAUUAACCCAUGACCAAUUGCAUGUGGCGUUUUUUAGAAUUACAAACAGAAAAAAAAAACUAAAAAAAAAAAACUGACAAUUAUCCUUUAAUAAUGAUAUUAACAAUUUUUUACCCAGGAAACUAAAACUGACAAUUUAUAAUAAGGAAUAAAAGGGUAGCUUCCACCACUCCACUUUCUGUCUCAAUCGUUGAUGGCGGCGAAAGCCAUCGUCCUCCGCGUCGGAGUCUUGAGGUCAUGGAGGAGUCGUCACUUCUCCGCGACCAGUGAGCAGGAUGCCAAAGCCAAAUGGCAUACUCUGCCGCCCGUCACUGCCACUGUGAAGGGGCAAGGGAACCAAGUCUCCUCCUCCACUUCCACCACUGCGCUCAAAUGGGUUCUUCGCUGCUGCCCCAACCUACCUAGAACCCUUGUUCACAAGCUCUUUCGUCUAAGACAGGUUCGAGUGGCCAUACAAGAUAACAGACUCAAAAGGGUGACAGCCAAGGAUACCUUGAACUCAGGAGAUUGCAUCGUUCUUCCUCAUUCUGUUAAAGAAAUCCCUAUCCCUAAACAGCAGCAACUUGAGUGUCACACCACUGCCAAAGAAAUCAGUUUCAUCCGCAGUCUUGUUAUCUAUAAGGAUCCUGCCAUUCUUGUCCUCAACAAACCUCCAGGAAUGCCAGUUCAGGGUGGCAUUGAUAUCAAACGGAGCUUAGAUGUAGUAGCUGCAUCAUGUUUAAAGUAUGAAUACUCAGAACCCCCUCGUCUGGUGCAUAGACUGGACAGAGACUGUUCUGGCAUUUUGGUGAUGGGAAGGACACAGACAAGUGCUACAGUUCUGCAUUCCAUCUUCCGGGAAAAAACUUCCAGUGCUUCAGAUGAUCUUGGCACAGAAAAUAGAGUCCUACAAAGAAAGUACAGGGCAUUGGUCAUUGGAUGCCCUAGACGCCCAAGGGGGUUGGUUACUGCUUCACUGGGUAAGGUGGUGGUUGACAAUGGAAAAUCCGAUCGAAUAACUAUUGUUGACAAUUCUUCGUUGCUGUCAUCACAACAUGCAAUUACAGAGUACCGAGUGAUUGGAUCAUCAUCACACGGUUACACAUGGUUGGAGCUGUCCCCUUUAACUGGCAGAAAACACCAGCUUCGAGUCCACUGUGCUGAGGUGUUAGGUACACCAAUAGUUGGAGACUACAAGUAUGGAUGGCAAGCUCACAGGAAGUGGAGUCAUUUUGAUUUGUCUGAUGUGGAAGAGUCGAGUGAAGAGCUUCUCAAAGAAGAGACACUCCCCUUUGGCCUUAAUUUGAACAAGGGAAGCAUCAAUGAGAAGCAACCCCGUUUACAUCUCCAUUGCAAGCAAAUAGUUUUGCCCGAUAUAUCUCAAGCACUGAAGCAUGUGCAAUCAGAUUCGAGUUAUGACCUUUCACAAGUGAAAGCACUUGAGUUGGUCGCGGCUAUGCCUCCAUACAUGCGAAGGAGUUGGGAUGUCAUGAAUUCUUCUUGAGUUAGGUUUAAAAUAUUUACAACUUUCCUAAUUCAUUUGAGACUAUUUAAGUUUUGGUCAUUGAAUUGAAUUAAGAUCAAUAGACACAUGGGGAAGUAGGGAUGCCAUUUUUCA